AUGAUAGCUCCCGAGCUGGAGGAGAAUGAACCUGUUCAAGAGCUCCUUGGAUACGCCUUCUCUUGUGCCGCCGCGCACAACCAGAUCGAGAUCAUGGAGCUCCUGCUGUACCCCGCACCAGCAACCACUAGCGCCUCCAAUUCGACUGUGGCUCUGUCCAAGGAUAUCCACGAGUGCUUGCUGUACGGCAUGUGCAGACAGGAAAAGUAUUUUCCCCGCAGACCACGAUUCCAGUGCUGCAACGCAUUGCGCUAUCUCGCCUACGCUGCGGUCGUGUGUGUCGAGCAGAACGCUCUGCAAGCGCUCGAGCUCCUUGUCAAGGAGCAGGAUCUACCGACACCUGAACUGCUUGUGGACAUGGAUGUGGAGCGCUGCUUCCGUUGCGCCCUGGAGCUUGGCAGUGACUUCCACGCGCCCGCUCCUGAAGCUUACCGUCCAAUACUCAUGAUGCUCUUGCACCGGUAUCCGAUGCUGCUACUACGACACGUCGAUGGAAAACACGAUCAAGAUGCGGGCUCAUCUAGCAGUAGAAACACCAGGGACCACAUGGAAUCCUUACGCGCGAGCUUGAUGUACGAGUACGUCACGAAUCCCCAGCAGCAGCCACCAAUCGAGUAG